UGCUUUCAGCUUUAUCGUAUGUAACAACUCACCGAGACAUUUUGUUCAUUGUGUUGAGGAUGAAAGUGCUUGUAAUUGGAGCAGGUAUAAUUGGAACCACCUCGGCAUUGAAAAUACAAGAGGCUUGGCCGGAAUGUCACAUUGACAUUGUAACCGAAUCCCUGAGUCCAGGGACGACCAGUGAUGGUGCUGCUGGAUUCUGGCAACCUCAUUUGGAUCCACACACUCCAACGGAACUAGCCAGAAAAUGGUCCAUUGAGACAUUCCGUGAAUUGGAAAAAAUAUGGACCUGUCCUAGAGCAUGUCCUGCUUCGCUAAAGCCUUUGUCAAAAGCCUUGUCCUUGGUUCCUGCCGAGGAAAUUUGGAACCGAAAUUGCUCGGAUGCAGUCAAUGCCCGGCCUUAUUGGGCGGAUAUUGUUUAUGAUUACCACAAAAUGCCUUUAGAGGAUCUCUCUCGACGAGGGUUUGAUACUGAAGUAUUCGAUAGUCAUUCAUUUACCACAUUCGUUUUCGAGGCCAAAAUUGCUCUCCCUAUCAUAUAUUCUCUACUCCGAGAGCGUGGAGCGGCCUUCAUUGAAAAGAAACUACUUUCCAUUGAUGAUUUGGAACAACUCAUGGAAGAAGAAGCCAAUUACGACUUUGUCAUUAACUGCAGCGGUUCCGGUGCCAGAGACCUUUUUGGUGAUGAAGACAUCCAGCCCAUUCGUGGUCAUGUGGUUCGAGUAGAAGCACCAUUCGUACACACCAUGAUGGGCCUUGGCGGCGAUGUUUACAUCAUUCCCACGCGGCAAGGCGUGGUAUUGGGGACCAUAGACCGGUUGAACGAUUGGAGUUUGGAGCCUAAUCCAUCAGAGGUGGCCACUAUUAUGAAAAGAUGUCAGGAGCUGUGUCCAGCAUUGGCCGAUUCCAAGAUUCUCAAUGAUUGGGUUGGAUUGAGACCAUUUCGAAAGUCAGGCGUUCGUCUUGAACUAGUGGAACAUCAUCAGAGUACCUCGGGAAGGAAAACUAAAAUGAUACAUAAUUAUGGCCACGGGGGUAGUGGUAUAACUUUAAGUUUGGGAUGUGCUAAUGAAGUCGUUCGACUUGUGAAGGCUCAAAUCAAUGAGAAAUCAUAAACAGCUCAUAGUCGAGGCAGAUUAAAUAUAUGGAAAACUGUUAUGCAUGUGAUCGUUCCGCAAUUUUAAACUGGACAAGUACGAUCAAGUAAGUGGUGAGAUAUCCAAGGAUUGAAGUAAACAUGGCGUUGUUGACCACAAAAUAGUUGUCGGCGGAGAACCCCGUGAUCUCCGAAUAUUUGCGGAUGGUACAUCUCACCUUUCCCUGGACAUCCAAUUCCCGAGUACUAAAAGAUUCAAUCAUAUACAAUCUCUGCUUGACUUCGCUCACUUUCUUGAUGACUUGAUUCACGGAGGAGCCCAAGAAAUAGAGUCGCCCGGCUGGAACCAGGCUGAAGACAAAACAUCCAAUGAUAAAGAGUCCGUGAAACCAACUUUUGUAUGAAAUGAUAAACGUGAUGCUGAGGUAAAGGCUGAAGAUCAAAGAACCCAUGAUCAAACCAAAUAAAAUCAACAGUUGUCGAGAAAA